AUGCCCUCUGCAAGCCUGUCGCCACACGCUCCGGCCUCAGGCGCCACCAGUCCUGCGCCUGCACAACGACCGGCGUUGAUGAAGCGUCAGAGUUCCCAAUCCUCGAAUCAGUCCCUCUCGCGACACGGCAUCGCGAGUCCCGGCGGCAGCGUCGAAGCGCAUGGCCAGCCACUCCGCCACCCCGUCAAGGCGCGACACGCAAAGAUUGUCCUGCCGCGCAAUCACAGCAGUGGCCGCAACCUCGCGAAACUCAAUCGCCAAGCGCAACAGGCACAGCACGCCGUCGAUGACGGCCGCAAGCACUCACGCCAGCGCUCGCAUGAGGGCGACACCGAGAUCCGACUGCCCGGCAGUCUGGACGAGAGCGCGCAGCAGAAGCCCCAGAUGCGCCGCAACCUGACCUCAUACCAACUGCCGCGGAACACAUCGCACGUGAAGCUAAAGAAGAAUCUCUCGCACGGCCAGCUCACGCGACUCGGCUCGGGGCGCAACCUGGUCGCUAUGGGCGAAGCGCGACAACGCGCUCCACCGUCGCCUGGCUUGAAGGGCAAGAGCAAGAGGCCCAGGUCGGCCGAGAUGGCGGGCGAGGAGAAAGGCCGUGAGCUAGAGUCGUCUCAGCAGCAGCAACAGCGCAAGUUGUCAGGUCAGAAGAAUAAGAAGGCUGGGUUUGCGGUCGGUAGCGCCGGCGACGCGAGCGAUGAGGACGAGCAGGUACAGCUCGAGGGUCAGGAAGACGAGUGGACUGAAGAGAGCGCGAGUGCGAGUCCGUAUAGCACCAGGCAGAACACCGCCAACAACUCCCGAAGGUCAAGCGUUAUACUAGAUCGGUCUGCUGAGAGAUUGCCAUUCGAGAAGAUUGCUGUACCCGAGAGGUUCCAACUCGGGAAAUCAGCUGAAAAGCAAGAUACGCUGAAGAUGGAGCGCGAGUGGCAGAACAGGCAGGAGCAGGAGCAGCCAGUUCCCAGUGAAAGCGACGAGAGUGACGAGAGUGAUCCGCCCAGUCCGCGAUCUACUGGUCACGCCAAGCAGAAUGCAGAGUCUCGACAGCAGGAGGUCAGACAACCUCCUGCGCCACAGACCUUGCAGCUGCGGCCAAAGCCUGAGCAAGCGGAGGCUCCUAAAGCUGCACAGCCAGCGCAGCCAUCAUCACCGAAGCCUACAGAAGAGAUUUUAGAGGAGAAUGUGCAACAGCUGCCGUCACCCCGGGGCUCGCCUCCCAAGUCAGUAUCGAGUCCACUACAUGUCACCAAAGAUGCUCAUCCGAGCACAAGGAGAUUACUCGACAGGAGUCAGCAGUACCAUUCGGCCGCACCAGCUGUCGUAAGUAAUGUCAGUGCCUUGGAUGAUGUGCACAGCAAUAGAGGGUCCCCAGCGGCGUCCAUGAGGUCGUCCAAGUCGACCCUUGAUGCCGCAAACGAUCAGCAGGAAGAUGAGCUUGUCUCGCGAUUUGUACCCAGCACAUCUCACCCCUCAUUUGGCAGUGGCGCCAAUACCGCAACGAACACGCCCAAACAAAGUGGCUUCCAUACCCCGGAGGAAGACAGUACACUGGCUGCGCAGAGACGAGAGAAGAACAUCUCAGGCUUCCAGAUAGGUCCAGUCAGUCCUGGCUCUACAGUGUCAGCCGGUUCUUCUGGCGCGAACACUCCUGCAAUAGGCCGAUCACGCACCGAACUGCGCAUGCUGCAGGAUAAAGCACUCGCAGAGAUCGAGGCCCAAGGUGAUCACAAACCGCACCUUCCGGCACACAUCUACGACAGACGUAACGAGUCUCUCAAAUCUUACCUCAAUAACAUUGCAGGUGAGGGCCGCGGUCAAAGCACUGGACUCAGCAUGGGCCCAGACGUCUUCCAAGGCCGCUUCAGAGCUCUGAACACCGAGUUGAGAGUGGUGCAGAAGUUCCGCGAUCCCCUUGGUGAAGCCAUUGCAAGGCUGAGAAGCUGCAAAGGCAGCAAGCUUAAUCAACACGCUUCGAAACAGGCAGCCCAGCAGAAAGUCUCUGGUUCGGCGGGGCUGAGCAGCAGCAAAAGUGCAGUCUCGCUGCCUGCACAACGAGCUCGACAAGCAGGCGAUCUUUCAAAAAGUGCAUCACCACCUCAGGUUGACAGCAACGCUAUGCUGAAGCGCGGUAUUGCCGGCGCACAGAGCGAAGUCCGCUUGCAAAGCUCAGGCGGUUCUGAAAGGCAAAAAGCUCAAGGCAAGAGGGAGGUCAGCUUUGCUGGUAAGCCCCAGACGAGGGAGUUUGAGCCUCUACCAGAAGAGAUGGACCCGAGUGAGAUUGCGAGGCAGCUGUGGGAGAGCUGA